CACAAAUAACUGUGCAUGUUUGUGUUUUAUCAUAUAGGGCAAUCAGAUUAUGCUCCAUAUUUUUAUGAUAAUGCCAGCAGCACAAAUGGGAAUAUGGCCUUGUUCAGCAUUUCUGAAGAUACACCCAUCGGAACACUGAUAUACGUCCUGAAUGGCACAGAUCCAGAGGGGGAUCCGAUACGAUACGGGUUGACAUUUGAAAAAGGCUCCAAAGAGUAUUUUAGGGUGGAACCCAAAUCAGGAAACGUGACUCUGAUUCAGGAGCUUGACAGAGAGAAACAAGAUGAAAUCUCAGUGCUUGUGAGCAUAACGGACGGACGCAAUAAAGUUGUUGAGACUGUGCGAGUGUUUGUCACAGACGCCAAUGAUGAGCCACCUCAAUUCCAAAACCUGCCUUUCAUCAUUGACGUUCCAGAGGACACCUCUCCAGGAACUAGCAUCUACAGAGUCCAAGCAGUGGAUAAAGAUAUGGGCUCAGGAGGCAGUGUAUCAUAUUAUCUGCAGACAUCCCCAUUUGCCAAGUUCACCAUUGAUGGACACAGCGGGAUCCUCAGAGUCAAACCCGGAGAGACGUUGGACUACGAGACGACACCAACACAUUUUGUGACAGUAGUUGCAAAGGAUGGAGGUGGAAAGUACAAGGGGAAGCACCAGGUGAUGACCUCCACAGCCACCAUCACAGUUAAUGUUGUUGAUGCCCAGGACAUGCCUCCAUCCUUUGUAGGAACACCUUAUUUUGGCUACAUCUACGAAGUCUCAGUUCCUGGUUCUGAAAUAUUCACAGUGUAUGCUAAAGAUGGUGACCAGGGCAAUCCUAACCCCAUGCAUUACUCCAUUAUGAAUGGGAGUGAUGGUGUCUUUGACAUAAAUAGCACCAGUGGAUGCAUCACCCUGACAACCCAUCCCUCUCUGCUGAAAAAUGAACUGUAUGAAAUUAAAGUCAAGGCGUCUGAGGUGGGACCAAACAAUCAGCUGCUGGACUAUGAUGUUACCACGGUGACGGUCCGAGUGGUGGAUCUGAACAACCAUCCUCCGACUUUUUAUGGAGAAAAUGGGCCUCAGAGCAAGUUUGAGGUCACCAUGUACGAACAUCCGCCUGCAGGAGAGAUCCUCCGAGGGUUUAAGAUCACAGUCAAUGACUCUGAUCAGGGAGCAAAUGCUAAAUUUAAACUGAGGCUAGUGGGGCCGAGCCGAGUGCUUCGAGUGGUUCCACAGACGGUUCUGAAUGAAGCUCAGGUUACCAUCAUUGUGGAGGACACGUCUGGCAUCGACUAUGAAAAGGGACCAACCCUUUCUUUUAAGCUGCUGGCGGUGGAGAUCGACACGCCAGAGCGUUUCAGCGCGACGGCCGACAUAGUGAUCAACCUGCUGGACACAAACGACAACAUCCCCACGUUUACGUCCGAGUAUUACAUCGCCAGGGUCCCUGAGAACUCUCCCGGAGGUUCCAGUGUUGUGUCUGUUACAGCAAAUGAUCCAGAUUCAGGGCGUUGGGGGGAAGUCAAGUACACGAUUUAUGGAUCAGGAUCAGAUUUGUUCGCCAUCCACCCGAUGUCAGGCCUCAUCUCCACGCAGCCCUGGACCAGCCUGGACGCAGAAGUCCGGUCCAAAUACAACUUCUACGUCAAGGCUGAGGAUUCGGAGGGGAAGUACAGUUUAGCUGAAGUCUUCGUCACCGUCCUCGAUAUGAACGACCAUUCUCCAAUAUUUGACGACAAGCUCCUGGAGAAGACCAUGAUUAUUGGCACACCGGUCAAAGUAGAGGCAGUGGAUGAAGACGCAGAAUCUCCCAACAACGUCAUCGAGUACUCCAUCAUGACAGCCGACCCUGACAACGCGUUUGACAUCAACUCCAACACCGGUGAGAUCCAACUGAAGCCCUACAUCAAGUCCAUGGAGAUAGUGCAGAACAUCACCAAGCAGAAGGACUGCAAGUGGUCUCUGGUGGUGCAGGCCAGGGACCGAGGCUCUCCGUCCUUCAGCACAACAGCUGUGGUCAACAUCGACAUCACGGAGGCGACUCCUCUCAAGGGGCCUAUGGCGGCCUUUUUAAUGAAAAGUAGGGACAAUCCUUUGAAAGCUCUAGGCAUGGUCACGGUUAUCAUUAGUGUGUUGGUAGGAGUCACGGUCUUGAUCUCUACGGCUAUGUACAUGCGCAACUCAAAGUCCAACAGGAUCAUGCCGGUGCGUCGCAUCAUUAAGAGGCGACCGAGGGACCAGCAGCAGCAGCCGCCCUGGACCUUGAAGUUGCCUGUUAUCAAAUUCAGCAACCCGGCGGAUAAGUUCCUCAUCAGCGACCCAGAGAGCAGCCCCCAGCGGGAUCCAGGCAGCCCCAGGCCGAAGCCCCCGCCUCCCAUCGCUCCCUGCCUGCCGCCUCCACCUCCGUCCAACACAAGGCCCACUGACAGGCCUCGGGCGGUCCCUACAAUAUCAGGAGCUCUGGCCUCCAAAGGUUCCAAAAAGGCAAAAUCCAGCCGCCGCAAAGAGGGAAACAUCAGCUCUGCUUUAGUGUCAGAGCUUAAAAUGAAGCUGGAGCAGAAAAUCAUCGAGAGCAACCAGGGAGGUUAUUAUUAACUCGUUUAAGGUCUGACUGCUCUCAUCUCACCUGAGCUCCCUGUGAUGAUCUGGUAGGAUCGAGGCCUACUUUUUACAUUAUUCAUGAGUGAAUGGAAGGUUUACAGAUAUUCAAGUCUUAAGACAAGGUGUUAAAGAAGUGGGCUGCACUGCAUCCUCAUCUGACCUGGCUUAGGUAAAGACGGGAAGAGAGCUUGAGUCGGUGGAUGAUUCACCACACUGCCAUCUUGAGGAGGAUUAUGUCAUCUUAACAGCAAGAAGCACCACUGUAAAUUGUCCAGGAGGAGGAUUACUAAGACUUACUGUUUAUACAUAAGUUGCAUAACUUCCUGAAAAGCGUGUAAUAUGCUUUCAACACCAGAAAUAGGAUUUUUACUUGAUAAAUCCUAAAAGAAAUAACCUAAAAAUAAAAAAUCUUCUUGGUCACUGAAGCAUGCAGCUAAAUGACAGUCGUGGAAUUAAACAAAAACACCGCUGCUCAUUAUGAAGUGCUAAAAGGACCUUGUGUGUUACUCUUUUUACCGUGUUACAUCAGCCGCUUGACAGCUGAAGUUGCUCUUUUGUAUGAUUACAAUGUGCCACUGUAGGUUCUCUCUGUAACAUGAGCUUGCUUUUCUUUAUUUGAGUAAGUCUAGAAAAUGCUUUUAUAUAAAUGUACUUGGGUCCAUUUUAAGUGCACAGCAUUCCAUUAUUUUGAGUAUAUAUAUCUAUAAAUUUAUGUAUAGACAGAGAGAGACAGUUGUAUCUCACAGCAGUACAGAACAAACUACAAAUAAAAUCCUCCACUAGUGGGACAUUGGUGGUAAUAAUUAGUCAUAUGCUUGAAAUUUUCAAGCUCAGAUGUAUAUAAUUUCCUUUAUUGAUAGAUAUUUAAAUGUAGCGACUGUGUCAAACACUUAGGGUCCACACACUGUUACUGUCCAUGUGACUCUUCAAUGCCUUCAAAUGUAGGCAAAUAAAAUGUCAUCGCCGUAAUAAAUAUCUUGUAUCUGACUAUAUCUUAACUUAUCUCUAUUUUAAAUAAGUUGGGAUAUAACUAUAUAUGUUAAAUAUAAAUUACACUUGCCUGUUCCUUCAGAGUAACAUAUUUGUACCGUCUUUGUACUGUCUUGAUUUUGAAUAAAUAUUUGGAAAUAA